AUGCGUUCAAGAGCCAAAUUAAAAAUCACGUAAAUUCAACAAUCGCAGCAGGACGCGCUCUAAACGCGAGCGUGUUUAUUGUGAAAUGCGCGUGCAUGCGACGGACCAGUGCCUCGCUUCCGCCUCGGUGAUGCGUUCAGGGUCACUCAAGGUUUUAAGUAGUAGUCGCUGCAGAACUCCACUUCCUCAUCGGUCCUCCUCCUCCUCCACAAGUUUUUAUUGUUUUUUUUGYGGAUCCGCAGCCGAGCUGCUCCCGGGGUUUCGGUUCGGAUGAGCAGAAGCGAUGGUGUUCGAGGACAUCCAGUACGAGGACAUCCUGUUCGAAGCGGCUGUGGGCAGAGGGACGUUCGGCGUUGUGUUCAAGGCCAUCUGGAAUGGAAAAGAUGUGGCCAUCAAGACCAUCGAGAGCGACGCGGAGAGGAACGCCUUCCUGGUUGAGUCCUUCACAGCGCCGACCCACUGCCCCACUACACAUCUGCACACGCCAUGAGCUGGUGUCUGCAGUGCGCCGACGGCGUGGCUUAUCUGCACGCCAUGAAGCCCAAGGCUCUGAUCCACCGAGACCUCAAACCGCCAAACUUGCUUCUCGUAGCUCGUGGAACCGUGCUGAAGAUCUGCGACUUUGGGACAGCUUGCGACAUCCACACCUACAUGACCAACAACAAAGGCAGCGCAGCCUGGAUGGCUCCGGAGGUGUUUGAAGGCAGUAACUACAGUGAGAAGUGUGACGUUUUCAGCUGGAGCAUCAUCCUGUGGGAGGUCAUUACUCGCAGGAAGCCCUUUGAGGAGAUCGGCGGCUCGGCGUUCUGCAUCAUGUGGGCCGUGCACAGAGGUACUCGUCCUCCUUUGAUCAAGGACCUUCCAGAACCCAUUGAGACACUGAUGACCCGCUGCUGGGACAAAGAACCUAGCCGGAGGCCGUCCAUGAUGGAGGUCCGAGACACCAUGAGCCACCUGAUGAAGUAUUUUCCAGGCUCUGAUGAACCUCUCAGUCUUUCUCAUCAGUCUUCAUCCAACAGAAGUGGGUCUUCGUCAUCAACAAGCUCAGCUGAAGGCACCAUAGACGGUUACCAUGAYGACGACACACAACACAGAACCUCAGCUGACAGCGAGGAAACUCUGCAGGACUCUGAGUCCAGAAUCUCCCUGCAGGUCAGACCCUCCAAGCAGAGCGCUGCAUGGCGGCCAAGUCUGUCCAGGACAUCCAGUGUGAACAGUCAAAGCCACGCCCACUCCAGCAGCUCUGUCAACACCUGCGGCCAAUCAGAGCUGAGAAUGACCUUCAGUUCCACAGGUUCCAAUGGAUCAGAGAGUCCGGUUCCCUCAGCGUACCAGAAACUGGACCACCAACUCCAACCCUUGGCUCCCUGUCCGAACUCUCGAGAGUCCAUGGCGGUGUUCGAGCAGCACAUCCGGAUGGUUCAGGACUACCUGAGUGUCCAGUCUGAGAUCGCUCACCUGCUGAACAGGAAGUCCGGCCUGUUGGACACCAGUCCGG